AUGAAUGCUUACAAUUAUGUUCCGACGGAGGUUACUCAAGAUAAAAUGGACUUAAAAGAAACUCUAUCUCAAGAAACACAAGUGCAAAGCACGUCAUCACAAGAAGCUACAAUAGAGGAUAAGGAUAAGGAAUCUACAAGUGAAUUUGUGAACGAAGGGUUGGAAUUCUGGAACAAACGAAGAGAAUUAUGGACUCGCGGGAAUCAGAACAUUUCAGGAACUUCUGAUAAUAGAAAUAAUCCAGCUUUGAUGAGCAUUACCCCAAAUAAUUAUAAUUCCAUAUAUGAUUCUCUGGUUUAUGAAAAGAAAAAACUAGUAAAACCUGUUCCUUUACCUUACGUGAUUAAAAUACUGGUCAGCGGGUGGAAAAGAGAUGGUAUUUGGCCUGCUGACCCACCAUCAGCUUCCUCUUCUAAUCCAAAUGGUACAAAUGAACUUGGAAGCUUUGAGUUCAUCAUUAAGCUCAUUGAGAAUUCUUCUAAAGAAUUAGUAAUUAG